AUGGUAACGAGAGGUUUGACUGAUGAGGAGAUUGAAGAAGGCCUCAUAUCCAUGGAAUUGAGGGAGCACACAAGGAAGAGAAAGCACUCCAGCGCCUCAUCAGCCCAGAUCGCUCGUAACCGACCGCCUCCAGGUGCCAACACCCACGCGAUUGAGGGUCCAGACCGUCCAGUGCUCCGAUCUAUCGACACAAACGACGUCUCCACCAUCUCAUCCGAUGAUGCCCCCUCCACUGAAAACAAUCCCUCCUCCUCGGAUGAUGAUUCAGACUACAUCCCUUCUCCCACCACCCACAAAUACCACAUGACCCCUGCCACAUCGACCACCUCUCAAUCCAAUGUUCUCACCAGCUCUACCGCUGCAGCCGCCUUCCAGCCAGCCCUUCCCUCCAGCAACGUGCCUGUUGGAGCACUGGACCCCAAACAGCCAUUCAAGCUCAACCAGCCGCGCCCCCUGGGCAUUCAAGUCCCUAUUGAUGCUGCUGCCACCAGUUAUGAGUGGAAGUCAUACGACCGCACCUCCAUCGACUGGAGCAGCAAGUCUGAACUCCUGAGGUUGAACGAGUGGCGUACCCGCGCCACCAGGGCAAGGGGCAAGAAGCUGAAGGCUUACACUGAUGGCAGAAGAAAGGAAGCUUGA